ACCAAUAUCUUUUUUGAUGUCUACAUGUAAGCAGGGCCCAGUUUGAUAUCCAAAGUUUAAAUUCAAAAUUCCAGUGAAAUAUGUGCUUGUGAUUUCUAGUCAAAACUCAGAGGAAACAUCGAAAUGUGUCUGCGCUUGUUUUGCGGCUAUUUGUCGCUCUACAUUGGCUGCAUCUUCAUCGGCUUCACGGGGAUGCUUCUAGCCUUAAUGGUCUUUUCUGUGGGUCUAUUCGAGAUGAUCAAGGGCAAUCCGGAAACAUUGCUUGUGGUUAUGGCAAUGGUCUUUGGCAUUGUCCAAGCCCUAGCCAAAAUUCUUCUUCUCCUCGGAACAAUGUGGGACAUGUGCUGGGCUAUGCUCUUGUCCUUCUUUAUAGGUAUUGCGGCCCUAGGGCUUCUCAUCGCACUUGUGGUGCUCUUCUACAUCCUCUUGUGGGACCCUCUGCACCUCCUUCUGGGUGCUUUUCUUAGCAUACUCGAGAUGUACUACGAAUGGGUCAUCAUUUCAACCUGGUGGUGCUGUCGAUCAUGCACCCACGACUGCUAGGAGUUGCAGUUGGUUCUACUUGUUGCAUGCAUAGAAGAUACAAACAUACCAUGUUGGAGAUCGAACGUCUUGGAACGAGCAUACUAUACAACUCUCAGUGAUCUUCGCCUCGAUUGAAAUACUGUGAGCACUAGAGAGGGAACUUGUAUUCGAAUACCCCCAAUAUUUGUGUAUGAGGCGACUUCGUGCUCUGGUCUUCCGACUUGAGUGUCUUUCAAGUAAGUCAGUUCACUCUGAGACGCGCGCUGGAUAUGUCGUUCCUGGAGCGCUCGAGCUGUUCCUGCGAAUAAGCGUGUGUGUGCUAGUGUACCGCCCCCUACCCGUCAAGGAAAAAAAAAUGAAAUAAAAAUAUCGGCAGGAAAAAUAUCAAAAA